GGCGGACGCCGGCGGCGGGGACAGCGGCAGCUGCGGCGCGACCAGGCCGGGCAGGGACGAGCGCACGGAGAGCGCGAGGUCCGCGCAGCCCAGGAGCCCCGCGCGGACUCAUUCCAUGAUGUCCCUGUCGGUGCGGCCGCAGCGCCGCCUGCUCAGCGCCCGGGUCAAUAGGAGCCAGUCCUUCGCAGGCGUCCUCGGCAGCCAGGAGCGGGGCCCCAGGAGCUUCCCGGCCUUCAGUCCCCCGGGGCCCCCACGGAAGCCCCCAGCGCUCUCCCGAGUGUCCAGGAUGUUUUCCGUGGCGCACCCAGCCCCUAAGGUCCCACAGCCUGAGCGGCUGGACCUGGUGUACACUGCGCUCAAGCAGGGCCUGACGGCCUAUUUGGAAGUGCACCAGCAAGAACAGGAGAAACUCCAGGGACAGAUUAGGGAGUCCAAGAGGAAUUCCCGGCUGGGCUUUCUGUAUGACUUGGACAAGCAAGUCAAGUCCAUUGAACGCUUCCUGCGACGGUUGGAGUUCCAUGCCAGCAAGAUUGAUGAGCUAUAUGAAGCAUACUGUGUCCAGCGGCGUCUCCGGGAUGGCGCCUACAACAUGAUCCGUGCCUACAGCACUGGGUCUCCAGGGAGCCGAGAGGCCCGGGACAGCCUGGCAGAAGCUACUCGAGGGCAUCGCGAGUACACAGAGAGCAUGUGUCUGCUGGAGAGUGAGCUGGAAGCACAGCUGGGCGAGUUCCAUCUCCGGAUGAAAGGGCUGGCUGGCUUCGCCAGGCUGUGUGUGGGGGAUCAGUAUGAGAUCUGCAUGAAAUAUGGGCGUCAACGCUGGAAACUACGGGGCCGGAUUGAGGGUAGCGGAAAGCAGGUGUGGGACAGCGAGGAAACCGUCUUUCUUCCUCUGCUCACGGAAUUCCUGUCUAUCAAGGUGACAGAACUGAAGGGUCUGGCCAACCAUGUGGUUGUAGGCAGUGUCUCCUGCGAGACCAAGGACCUGUUUGCUGCCCUGCCCCAAGUUGUGGCUGUGGACAUCAAUGACCUCGGCACCAUCAAGCUCAGCCUGGAAGUCACAUGGAGCCCUUUCGACAAGGAUGACCAGCCCUCAACUGCUUCCACUGUCAACAAGGCCUCCACAGUCACCAAGCGCUUCUCCACCUAUAGCCAGAGCCCACCAGACACGCCCUCACUUCGGGAACAGGCCUUUUAUAAUAUGCUGAGGCGGCAGGAGGAGCUGGAAAAUGGGACGGCAUGGUCCUUGUCAUCCGAAUCUUCAGACGACUCAUCCAGCCCCCAGCUUUCAGGCAUUGCCCGCCACUCUUCAGCUCCCAGGCCUCUGGUGCAGCAACCUGAACCUCUGCCCAUUCAAGUCGCCUUCCGUAGGCCUGAGACCCCCACCUCUGCACCUGUGGAUGAAGAGGGGAUCAUGGCCCCAGCCCUGGCCAAUGGCCAUGCCCCCUAUAGCCGGACUCUGAGCCACAUCAGUGAGGCCAGUGUGGAUGCUGCCUUGGCUGAGGCUUCUGUGGAGGCUCUGGGCCUAGAAUGCUUAGCUCAGGGACCUAGCCUGCCUGCACACCUAGAUCCCACCCAUGGGGAGCAACCUGGUCCUGUCCCUCCUGCUGUGGACCCUUGCCAUUCUGCCACAAGCCUUACCCUCAGUACAACAGGCCCCACCCACAUAUCUACAGACCCUGCUUUGUCUGCACACCUAGAUUUGGUUCACAAGAUCACAGACUCUAGCUCUUCUGAACUGCCAGGCCCUACCCACACCAUCAGAGGAUCUACCUAUAAUGACAUCAGCCUUACCCAAAGUGCUCCAAGCCUCACUCAUACUACCACAGCUUCUACCCACAAGCCCAUGGUCUCUACCCUCACCACUACAAGCCCUGCUCCCAGUGCCACAGCCCCAGUCCAGACCACCACAAGUCCCACCCACAAGCCAAUGCUUUGCACCCUCACUACUGAAGGUCCUACCCCCAAUACUACAGGCCCAGUCCAGACCACCACAAGCCCCAUCCACACUACAACAAGCCCUACCCAUACCACUGCAAGCCUCACCCAAACCACUAUAAGCCCCACCCACACUACUGCAAGCCCCACCCAUGCCACUACAAGCCCCACCCAUGCAAGUACAAGCCCUGCUCACAAAGCCAGGAUGUCAACUCACACCACUACAAGUCCUACCCCCAAGGCUAAGGACCCAGUCCAGACCACUAGGAGCCCCACCCAUCCUGUCACAAGCCCCACCCUUAUAACUGUAAGCUCUUCCACUUUUCUAGACCAUGCCAUGCUUCCCAGCUCCUCUGCAAAGGCAGACCCUACCCUCCCAGGCACCAACACCCAGUCUUGUAGCUACCCAUUUUCCACUCCUUGCACUCAGGCAGACCCCGUAGCCCCCAGCACCUCCUACCCAAGUCCUGCCUGUUCCAGUUGCGAACCCCUCACAAGUCCAUCCCCAGAUUCCCCAGAACCGGACCUUCAGAAUCCAAGUCCCCCUCUCUCACCCGUAGCCCCUGUGGCCCAGCAUUUAGACCUUAGCCUGGCUGUGGCCACUCAGGCCCCAGUUCCAGGAGCAGCUGGAGGGGCUGGGGAUAGGAGGCUGGAAGAGGCACUAGGGGCCCUAAUGGCUGCCCUGGAUGACUAUCGUGGCCAGUUCCCUGAGCUGCAGGGCCUAGAGCAGGAGGUGACCCGGCUGGAGAGUCUGCUCAUGCAGAAACAAGGCCUCACUCGCAGCCGGGCCUCCAGCCUUAGUAUCACUGUGGAGCAUGCCCUGGAGAGCUUCAGCUUCCUCAAUGAGGAUGAAGAUGAAGACAUCGAUAGUCCUGGAGACAGGCCCCCAAACAGCCUGGAGCCUGGGGCUGAGGACAGCCUCGACUUACCCAGUGCCCGCCCCCUCAGCACGGAGUGUCCAGCUCUGGACGCUGCCUUGGUCCAGCACCUGUACCACUGCAGCCGCCUCCUGCUGAAACUGGGCACAUUUGGGCCCCUGCGCUGCCAGGAGGCAUGGGCCCUGGAGCGGCUGCUGAGGGAAGCCAGAGUGCUAGAGGCCGUAUGUGAGCUUAGCAGACGAUGGGAAGUACCUGCCACCUCUGCCCAGGAAGUGGUGCAGUUCUCAGCCUCUCGGCCCAGCUUCCUCACCUUCUGGGACCAGUGCACAGAGGGACUCAGCCCCUUCAUCUGCCCCGUAGAGAGAGUGCUCCUCACCUUCUGCAAUCAAUACAGUGCCCGUCUCUCCCUGCGCCAGCCAGGCCUAGCUGAGGCUGUGUGUGUCAAGUUCCUGGAGGAUGCCCUGGGGCAGAAGCUGCCCAGGAGGCCCCAGACAGGCCCUGGAGAGCAGUUCACCAUCUUCCAGUUCUGGAGUUAUGUCGAAGCCUUGGACAGCCCCUCUAUGGAGGCCUAUGUGACUGAGACCGCCGAGGAGGUGUUACUGGUGCGGAACUUGAAUUCAGAUGACCAAGCUGUUGUGCUGAAGGCCCUGAGGUUGGCUCCUGAGGGGAGACUGCAAAGGGAUGGGCUUCGGGCCCUCAGCUCCCUGCUUGUCCAUGGCAACAACAAGGUCAUGGCUGCUGUCAGCACCCAGCUCCGGAGCCUGUCACUGGGCCCCGUCUUUAGGGAAAGGGCCCUACUGUGCUUCCUGGACCAACUCGAGGAUGAGGAUGUACAGACAAGAGUGGCUGGUUGCCUGGCCCUGGGCUGCAUCAAGGGGAAGAGGGACAGUCUGCCCAUCGACGGCUGGAGGAAUCACUGGACGCCCUGCCCCGCAUCUUUGGGCCUGGCAGCAUGGCCAGCACAGCAUUCUAAAUUUCCUACCCACUGGCUUCCGGUGCCCCUUCCUCUCAGUUUCAGGGCUCACCAGGCACUGGCAGGGAGGGUGAGGGCUGGCUCCAGACACCUCUCCCCCACAGAUUCCUAUCAAUGAAAAUCUAAUAUAUUCUUCUGUUGCCCUUGGGUUGGUAGAGUCAGUGCCUGAAGUCAAGUGCCUCCCAGCCUCGGCUCAGCACACUUGCCACAAAUCAGUGUCCUGCCACAUCCCUUGGUUUUAUAUUUUAUUUACAGAGUUUUACAGAAAAUAAAAAAGCAAAAUGCCUUUCCUA